GGAAGCGAUCAUACAUGCACCUCCAAGUGCAGCACUAUGGGCCGAAAUAUCGAGACAAAGUUCUACCAGCAAGAUGUCGUCCGCCGAGUCACAUCUCCAACCUCACAAUCGCCGGACGGCCAGGGUGUUACUGGGAUUGGUUAUGAGAUGCUGGCAUGACGUCGAAGAGAUACCGCCAGCAACUGCCCAGAGCGAUCCGCUCAUGCGACCACUCAGCCAGGGAGAAGUCGGUGCGUAGUGUGCAUCGCGUGCCGCUCAGUUCAUGUCCGCGUGUAUACCGACCACUGAGAAACGACCCGCAGGCGUAUCCUUCUUCCGAGACGCCGACAGCUCCCAUC